UAAUAAAAAUAAAAAUUAGUUACAAAAUAAUAUAAAAAGAGAAAAGAAGAAAUUAAAUACAAAAUACAUAAAACUGGCGAAUAAUCAGGUCGUUCGUGUUUAUAUCGAAAAAUAUCAAGAGCGCGUAAAUGUGUGUAAAUGAAUUCAUAUGAAUUCAUACACAUAUUUAUAUAUUAUAUCUACAUAUAUACAUGCCAUAAGUUUGAAGGUGCUUUUCAAAACAUAAGAGACUAAAAUAAAAAAAAUAAUUAAAAUAAACGCAAAACAUAUGCAACUGGGUCUUACUCCAAACGGUUCUGCCUGUCAUAGCGUUUACGAAUUAAUUAAUAAAUAAAAAAUAAUUUAAUAUUAAUAAAAAUAGUGCUUAAUUCGCAAACAGACACAUUUAUACGCAAGCGAUGCGAGAUGCCUGUUCAUGCCUACAACGAUUACGAUUUUCAAUAAUGGUUACUCUCAUAGGCGAUAGACAACAGCUCUUGCUUGUAUAGUAAAUCAACUACACACCUGGUCUGUACUGCCGUGCGUUAAUGUCGAUUAAAAUUGGAAAAUAAUCAAAUAAUUUUUCAAGAAUAUUUUUAUAAUGAAACGUGAGAAUGUGAAAAAAGUGCAGUUUCUUAAUCCAUCUAAGCUAAAAUCCCGAAUGUUGUAAAUUUCUCCUAGCACAGCAGCUUUGAAAAUGUUUAAUUAUUAUAGCACAUUGAUAAUGAUGGUUGUGUGGCUGGUGUUGUUACAGCAGCCGCCCGAAUUGUUGGGAAAAAUCCAUAAGUCACUUCAGCAUAAUCAUCGUUAUCAUCAUCAUCAUCAUCAUCAUCAUCAUCAUCACCAUCAUCAUCAUCAUCAGCAGCAGCAGCAGCAUCAGCAGCAGCAGCAACAACAACACCAACACCAGCAUUAUCAAAACCAUCCAAAACUUCAUAACAAGCACUAUAGGCAUAAGCACUUGCAUGAUCACCGCCUUCAUUUGCAAACUCCUGAAUAUGAAUUGAUACCAUCGUCGAACAUUUUCAGUAGAGAUCAAAGCGAAUCCGUAGAAGCCAUUCAUUCCAUAGUCAAUAGCAACGCUUUGGAUGCUGAUGGUGUUGAUGAUAAAAUGGAAAUGCUGCAAAUGCCGCAUGUAUUAGCCACCUUACAAACGACCUUUAAACCACUUGACAACAGCAAGAAUUACAAACUUAACAUGGAAUAUAAAACAGCACCAACAACAGCAGCAGCAGCAACAACAACAACAACAACAACGACAACGACAACAACCGUCGCCCCCUUUAGCAGUGCGUUACCAAAAGAUCACAGCCAUCAUCAGCAUAAAUUAGCUACAACAACACCUUUACCGCCUUCAUAUUUUACUGCAGCUUCGGCAACGAAAAUGACCAAAGUAACCGGCUCACAAACUAAUGAAGAACAACAGCCUGAUGCCAGCCAUAAAAUCAGCAGAAAACCCUUCUUUAAUACUCAGCACACAAAAUUCAGUUUAAAUACUUUAGUUGCGUCGUCAUCAUCAUCUUCGUCCUCGUCUUCGUCUUCCUCUUCGUCUUCCUCAGCAUCCGACUAUGAUGAACAAGAUCAAGAACAAGAUGCCGAUUAUUAUUAUGAAGAAUAUGCCUACAGUGAUGAUAAUAUUGAUGACGAUGCCCCUUCGGUUAGUGUUAAUGAUGAUGCUGCUGCUGCUGCGUCAUCUGCUAAAAAUGCCGCCGUUGCAUACGACAUUAACAAGUCAGAAAAAGACACCGAUGUGGAAAAUGUUGAUAAUAAUAGUCAUAGUCACUUCGGUUUUAUAAAUGAUAAUAAUUUAAGUGACCGCUCGUAUACCAGGAUAACACGUUCCAGAGUGGAUCAAGAUUAUGUUGAUGAUGAGCCAUAUGAUGAACCAUAUCGUAAUACCAUAAAUGAUCAAAUGCAACGUGACUCGGCUCCUGGUGUUAUAACAGAACAAAAAUAUUCCGAAGUCGGGAAUGAGAAAGCAGUGCAGCAGGCUCGUGACCGAUACAUACAAGAAAACAACAAACGGCCCAGAACACCUCACGAAUUAGCUACAGAUCACUGGCAUCGCAUGAUCGUUGCGACAAAAUGCCGUAAACCUAUGCCCCGUGUUAUACCGGUAUCUAAUAAUACAUCGAAACGUUAUGAACCCUAUGCUACAAUUUUGCAUCGUUGCGGUGAGGAUACUGGCUGUUGUGGUUCGACGGCUAGCGUUUGUACCGUUAAACGUUAUGAAGUUGUAAUGGUUUAUGUUUUUUCGUAUGACUUUAAUUAUCGCAAAGAAAUCGAAGCAUUGCCGAUGCAAAAUCACACAGAAUGCCAUUGUGUUAAUCGAGGCAGUCUGCUGAUGCACGAUUCUAUGCCGCGUGGCAAAAGAUCCGGACAACAUCAUCAAGUUCAACAAUGGCAACAAAGACAAUUACUGCAACAACAAUCACAACAGCAACUACCAACUUCAACGAUAGCCCAUUGGCGCAGAUCUGAUAUCUUGGCUAAAUUGCAGCUACAAAAACAACAAAACCUUAUGGAAAAUAUGCUUAGUUGCCAUUGUCCGCAACACUUUAAUGUUUUCGAAGAGGAUGUUGAACGUCAUGCACACUUACCGAGACCACACAGUGUCUUUACACGUAAAUGUCGCUGUGAUUGCUUGCUCAAUAACGUUAUGUGCCAACGUUUCAAAGCGGGUGAAGAAGCCAUCUCAUUGGAAGAUCGCAAAUGCAUUCUGGAGCAUAAUUGUAAACCGCCCGUUUGCUUAUAUGGCGAUUUCAACAGUAAAUUGGGUAAAUGCCCGGGGUCAACAAUAGCAUCAUCAUCAUCAUCGUCAUCAUCAUCCACAUCAUCAUCAUCAUCAUCAUCAUCGUUACAACGAUUGGAGGUGGCCCUUAAUUAAAGGAGAUUAAAGCACGUUUCCAUAAUUUUUAUGUAACAUAUAACUUUUUUAUAAGCAACAACAACAACUUGCCAUAAGUAGAAUUUAAGUGUUU